AUCUGACAUUUUAAAACAAAAGAAAAAUAAACACGGAAAAGAACAUCUUCACCACUCUCUUCCAUCAUCAACAAUUCAAUUUUAAAAAAUGUCCUCAAACGUUGACCCAAGACAAAGAUGAAGAGCUUGUUUUGUCCCUGGAGAUGCUUCGUCACGAGAAAGGUCACCAAGCUACGCUUCUGAUGGGAUCUGCUAAUACUAGUAGCACGACGGCGAUGUCGUCUCAACAAUACCCUGUCCGGAGAACUACCGCCGAGGACUUCUUGUACUCCGAGAACGAGAAGUCUGAUUAUGAAUGGCUGGUUACGCCACCAGGCUCACCGAGUAGAAGCGUAACAAACCAACUCGACGCACCAGAUGCUAACCUGAUGGGUCUUAUAUCUCGGUUAGAGAACUAUAGCAAAGAAGAGUCCAAUAACCAAACGACGUCGUUACACAGUUCCUCCUCUGUUUCUGGAAUCAGAAGACCCUCGUCCUCUAGUAGCUCAAGAUCAACGAGUAGACCACCCACACCAACCAGAAAGUCUAAAACUCCAGCUAAAAGGCCAUCAACGCCGACCUCACGUGCCACCUCAACAGCUGCACGUGCCACGUUAACCUCGUCCUCUACUAGUAGCUUAACAAGAUCAAGGAGCAGACCUUCUUCUAGCUCUGGAACCUCACGUGUUACCUUAACCGCUGCACGUGCAACCAGGCCUACCACCUCAACCGGCCAAAAAACUACCGGUUCAGCUACCUCUACUCGAUCCAAUAACCGGCCGAUGUCGGCUCCUAAUUUAAAACCGGGAUCGAGGUCAAGUACUCCAACUCGCCGCCCAUCAACUCCAAACGGUUCAUCGACUGUAUUGAUAAGUAAACCAAUUAAACCGGCUCUGUCUCAAGGAGCUUCUCCGAUCGUGAGACCAAGGCCAUGGGAACCUUACGAGAUGCCUGGAUUCUCAAUAGAAGCGCCGUCUAAUCUCAGAACUACGUUACCGGAUAGGCCACAAACCGCUUCAAGUAGCAGAACCAGAGCGUUUGAUUUGUCAAGUAGUUCAAGAUCAGCGUCCAUAGAACGUGAUGUUGCAAAGAGACAGUCUUGUUCGCCUUCUAGAGACCGAGCUUCAAAUGGAAAUGUAAACGGUGCUGUUCCAUCGUUACGUGGACGACGAGCAAAGACGACGAACAACGAUGAUGGUGGAUUGAUAAGUCAUGUGGCUAAGGGAAAUCAAAAGGUCGAGAGAAUUGUGAAUAUGAGAAAACUUGCUCAACCGCAACUAACAGAAAGCGGCGGCCGAGGACUUAGUGGUGGUGGUGGCUCCUCCGCCGGGAAGUCGAGCUCUCGAUCUGACGGUUUUGGGUUUGGGCGAAACCUAUCUAAAAGCUCCAUCGACAUGGCCUUGAGACACAUGGAUGUUAGACGAGGAAGCAUGGCGGGGAAUUUCCGACCAUCAGUGACGAAAGUUCCGGCCACUUCAUUGAACAGUGUAAGAUCAUGUCGAAACCGGCCGGUGAUCAGCAGCGGAAGCUCGGAAUCAAGUGUCAACAUUUUGCGCUUAGACGGUAGCGAUGAUAAUCUGAGCGACAUAAGUUACUCUUAAAGAGUUACAAUUAACUCUUUUAUGCUCUUCAUUCCCAGUGAUUUCUUUGUUUUGUAGUAGAAGAUAUUAAAAAUCUCCCAGAAUCAUGAAGGUCAGGCCUAACUAUUAGGAAUGGCCAUGAAUUUUGAUUUAUAUAUAAAUUUUUGGACCUAAGAGGCAAUUUUUUCCGACUUGAUAAUAAUGAUGGUACAGAUUGUAUAAAA